ACUCACCACACAAACCUAUUAAGUGGCAAAAUUCAGCACAGAAAAUGGCGACGGCGGGGAGCCGGACCUCGUCGUCAGGACCGUUGGACUCGAGCGGCGGUUUAGACGCGGGGAACUCUCCGCGUGGAAGCUCCAGCGUGCCCGGUCUCCCGAGCGGUGCCGCCGGCAAGGCGAAGCGAAGCGCGGCGGAGAGUUCGCAAUGGAGACGUAAAGAACUGCGGAAAGUGCGGAGCGUGGAUCUGGACGGGUCCGAGUCGCUGCUGCUGGCUUCCGAGAGCGGGGCAGCUCCCUCAGCCGCGGCGGCGCAGCUCCACUUCUUAUCCGCGUCCUCUCCCGGCGCAGUGCAGGCGACUCUCCUGCAGCAGAGCCACCGCGUCCAGCACAGCAGCAGCAGCUCCCUGACUGAACACCCGCUCCUCGAUAAGCAGAGCAGCGGCGGCAGUCUGGCCGCAGCCGCGCAGGAAUUGCUUAAAACUUCUUUCAGAAGCAGCAGCGACCAACUCUGCGCUGAUAAUGCUGCAGCCGGAGCUCCAGGAGAACUGAACCAGCAGAGUCGUGACAUGGAGAACAAAGAGACGCUGCGUGGGCUGCAGAAGAUGGAGGACCGGCCAGAGGAGAGAAUGAUCCGCGAGAAGCUGAAGGCCACCUGCAUGCCCACCUGGAAACAUGAGUGGCUGGAGAGGAGGAACAGGAGAGGCCCUGUGGUGGUGAAGCCGGUUCCCUUGCGACCAGAUGGCAGUGAGGCCGGUAGGCAGGGUCCUGAAUCCGGCAGCGACAGUAUGAAUUCUUCUUCCUCUCAGAGCCGGGGCCGACGCAGCCCAUCACCAGGACCCUCCUCAUCCUCCACAUCCUCCUCAUCCACCAGAACCAGCAAGCCGGAGUCACCCGGUGUCAGAAGGAAGAGGGCAUCCCCAGUUCCUUUCCAGAGUGGCAGGGUGACGCCCCCUCGUCGAGCUCCUUCACCAGACGGCUUUUCGCCUUACAGCCCAGAAGAGACCAAUCGCAGGGUUAACAAAGUCAUGAGGGCCCGUCUCUACCUGCUCCAGCAAAUAGGACCUAAUUCCUUCUUGAUUGGAGGCGACAGCCCAGACAACAAAUACCGUGUGUUCAUUGGUCCUCAGACCUGCAGUUGUGGUCGAGGGGCCUUCUGCAUCCAUGUCCUUUUUGUCAUGCUGAGAGUCUUCCAGCUGGAGUCUUCAGACCCUCUUCUCUGGAGAAAGACCCUGAAGAACUUUGAGGUGGAAAGCUUGUUUCAGAAGUACCAUAACCGCCGGAGCUCUCGGAUCAAAGCCCCGUCUCGCAACACCAUCCAGAAGUUUGUUUCCCGCAUGUCCAACUCCCACACAAACUGCACCUCCAGCUCCUCGCCAUCCAGCAACGAGAGCAGUAUGAAGGACGAAGAAGAGCAGAUGUGUCCAAUCUGUCUGCUGGACAUGCUGGAUGAGGAGAGUCUGACUGUGUGUGAAGAAGGAUGCAGGAAUAAGCUGCACCACCACUGCAUGUCUAUAUGGGCCGAAGAAUGUCGGAGAAACCAUGAACCCUUAAUCUGCCCUCUGUGUAGGGCUAAAUGGAAGUCUCACGACUUUUACAGUCAUGAACCAGCAUCUACAGUGGAAAGCUCUACAAGUCGCUCCCAGAGCCAGGUACCUUCAUCCGCUGCUUCUUCAUCAUCAUCGCCACAUGCUGAAGGCCAGAGGGCGUCGCAGGAGGGAGACUUCUCCCUGCCCCACUACGGAGUGCAGCAGAUCCCUCAGACCUACAAAGAGCUGGCUGAGCCUUGGAUCAAGGUGUUUGGUAUGGAGCUGGUGGGUUGCCUCUUCUCCCGGAACUGGAAUAUCAGAGAAAUGGCACUCCGCCGGCUGUCGCACGAUGUGAGCGGCGCUCUACUGUUGGCUAAUGGCGAGCGCUCUUUGGCGAGCGCAGGUGCUGGAGCAGGGGCGGGGCUUGGAGCAGCAGGAAGUGAAGUCUCAGGGGAUGUGGUGGUGGAAUCCUGCUGCAGUGUGCUCUCCAUGGUCUGUGCAGACCCAGUCUACAAGGUCUACGUGGCUGCACUGAAAACCCUGCGUGCCAUGCUGGUGUACACGCCGUGCCACUCUCUGUCGGAGCGCAGCCGCCUGCAGCAGCUGCUCCGGCCGGUGGUGGAGACCAUCUUGGUGAAAUGUGCCGACGCAAACAGUCGUACCAGUCAGCUGUCUGUGUCCACACUACUGGAGCUCUGCAAAGGGCAGCUAGGAGAACUGGCUGUGGGUAGAGAGAUCCUCAAAGCUGGAUCUAUUGGCAUCGGUGGAGUGGACUAUGUGCUGAAUUGUAUCCUGGGCUCGCAGACUGAAUCCAAUAACUGGCAGGCUCUGCUGGGCCGCCUUUGCCUGAUCGACAGACUGCUGCUGGAGUUCCCAGCUGAAUUCUACCCUCAUAUUGUCUCAGCCUCAGACUGUGGACAGCCACAGAACCAAGUGGAGAGGUACGGGUACCAGAAGCUGCUGCCUCUGCUAAGCUUUGCGCUGCAGUCUAUCGAUAACUCUCACUCCAUGGUGGGAAAGCUCUCUCGCCGUGUGUUCCUGAGUGCUGCCCGCAUGGUGGCCCGCGUGCCUCACAUCUUCGUCAAACUGCUGGACAUGCUGAGCGUCACCAGCUCCACCCACUAUGCCCGCAUGCGCCGCCGCCUUCUGGCCAUCGCUGAGGAGAUGGACAUCUUGGAAGCCAUCCAUCUGGGCCUGGAAGACGCGCAGAUGGCUCCUAGUCAGCACUGCGAUGCUUUUCUGGAGCCUUCAGCACCUCACAAUUCUCCCAUUACCACAGAAAGAAACUCGCCCACACUCGGCCUGCAGCAGCUCGCCAAGGCGGGGCGAGGGGGCAUGGCCAGUGCCAAACCUGCAGAUGAGAUUGCAGACAGGCUAGCAGCUAUCACAACCACCAGCAGCAGCAGCAACAGCUAUGCUGACCAACCAAAGCCACCAGUCCAGCUACGUCCUAGACCUAUGAGCCAGUGUCUUAAUUCACCCUCCUCAAGCCAAGCACCCACCUUACCCUCGCCCUCCACUUCCCACGCCCCAGCUUUUCCUCCUGACAACCCCAAAGCCCGAGCGCCAGGUUUCGUUCUUGGCAAGUUCACCCAGUCUUCCCCUGGUGCCCAGCGCAAGUUCCCUAUACAGAAGGGUGGGACUUGUGGCGGGACUAAUAAAGACCUAGAAAAGUUACCUUCACCCGUGUUCCCCCCAUCCAGACCAUUGCCUCCCACCCAGGUCCACAGACCCAGACCCUCCAGGCCCUCACCCUCUGCCUCUUCCGAAUGUGGUGCUAAAGCUUCUUGCUUAGGUGCCAAGAGCAACAUGAAGCUCGAUCUUCAGGACCACCAGCCAAUGGACAGCACGAGCACUGUGUUUGUACCCAGCGAUGAUGCUGUUUUCACCCCUGUGGAGGAGAAGUUCCGCGGCCUGGAUGCUUCCGCCGAGCUCAACUCCAGCAUGGAGGACCUUCUGGAAGCCUCUAUGCCGGCAGCGGACAGCACCGUGACCUUCCAGUCGGAGGUGGCCGUGCUGUCUCCAGAGCAGGCUGGCAUGAGUGAUGACGCCUACAGUGAGGACAUGACGCAGAACCAGAAGUGCAAGGAGAAGAUGGAGGCUGAGGAAGAGGAGGCGCUGGCCAUUGUAAUGGCGAUGUCCGAAUCCCAGGAUGCCCUGCCCAUCAUCCCGCAGCUGCAGGUGGACAAGGGAGAGGACGUCAUCAUCAUUCAGGUGGAUACUCCAGAGACUCUGCCUGGGCAUACCAAAGCAAAACAACCCUAUCGUGAAGGUGCGGAGUGGCUGAAGGGUCAGCAAAUCGGCCUGGGAGCAUUCUCCUCAUGCUACCAGGCACAGGACGUUGGCACUGGAACGUUAAUGGCAGUGAAACAGGUGACGUAUGUAAGAAACACAUCCUCAGAGCAGGAGGAGGUGGUGGAGGCUUUGCGGGAGGAGAUCCGGAUGAUGAGUCAUCUCAACCACCCCAACAUCAUCCGCAUGCUGGGCGCAACCUGCGAGAAGAACAAUUACAACCUGUUUGUGGAGUGGAUGGCAGGUGGCUCCGUAUCUCAUCUCCUGAACAAGUACGGGGCCUUUAAGGAAGGCGUGAUAAUCAACUACACUGAGCAGCUGCUCAGAGGCCUGGCCUACCUCCAUGAGAACCAGAUCAUUCACCGCGACAUCAAAGGUGCCAACCUACUGAUUGACAGCACAGGCCAGAGGUUGCGGAUAGCAGACUUUGGAGCAGCGGCAAGGCUGGCCUCCAAGGGCACGGGUGCCGGCGAGUUCCAGGGCCAGCUCCUGGGAACCAUUGCCUUUAUGGCCCCUGAAGUGCUGAGAGGACAGCAGUAUGGCCGUAGCUGUGACGUGUGGAGUGUGGGCUGUGCCAUCAUUGAGAUGUCCUGUGCCAAGCCCCCUUGGAAUGCUGAGAAACACUCUAACCACUUGGCCCUUAUAUUCAAGAUUGCCAGUGCCACCACAGCACCCACAAUCCCCCCACAACUGUCCCCAGGCCUAAGGGACGUCACCCUGCGCUGCCUGGAGCUGCAGCCUGCUGACCGGCCCCCGUCCAGGGAGCUGCUCAAACACCCCAUCUUCCGCCUCAACUGGUAACAACCCGGAGCGACCACGCAACCUGCGCAAUACUACUACUCUACUACUACUACUACUGCUACUAUUACUACUGAAGGCCUGUAUGGCCUGUACCCUCUCACUGCUGUCAUCUCCUCCUCAGCACUAGCACUAGCUCAGCCAGACAUACACACACACACACACACACACACACACACACACACACAGUGGGGUCCUUACUGCUGUAACCACAGCACAUAAUGAUGCAAGCCCAUACUGUCCGACUUCCCUGCGAGUGCCUUUACAAUAGUGCCAUGUCCUGAUGCUUCGUUAUACUGGGUUUUUAUGUGGUGAGCGCUUCUCUCUGCACAUUUUUGUUGAUUUUUCCAUCACAGAAAGGUGCUGAAGUCAAAUGUUUGUUACUACGGUUGUUUCAGUUCACACAGAUUUCAAUGUCUAAGCGGACCUCUGUGAGCGAAAUCGUUCAUGUUAAAAGUAAAGGUUCAAAUUAGCGAUAUCUCUGUUUUAACUGGUCGCAUUUAAAAAAAAAAUCUCUCAUUUGUUACUUUAUAUUGUGCGUUUUACUGUUGGGCCUCAUGUUUUCUUUCAUACAAUGUUAAACACCAUGAACGGGUUUCAGGGAAAGGUAAUUUUUGAAACUUGGCUAGUUCAGCUAGCGUAAUGCUGAAUGUGAAUACUUAUUAUAAUGCCGGUAUUUGUCUCAAGUUUUGUUUUUUAGUUUUCCUCCAAAUCUCAAUGGAAAUCCCAUGUAUAAAUGUAUGAUUUUUAUCAUUCUAAGGAGUAACGGAUACGUUUAUUAGCUUUCUGGGUGUCACUGAGAUUCAGUUUUGGGCUUUCCUUUGGCAAGAACUAGCAAAAGCAAAAAAAAAAAACGGCUUUUGAGGAAAGUUUUAAGACGAUGUCUCAGUAGGACACCCUCACUGAUCUCUUUACUUUUAAAUGUUACGUUAAGGAAAGGUUGUGGUUCUUUUCUUUUGUCUUGUUUUUUUAUUUUUUCAGUAAAUGAGCCUUCUGCUAAAGCUGUUUUGUUCAGAAGCAUUUUGGACAGUUUUCCCCCUCCUGAGUUGUUUUUGUUUUCUUUUUUGUUUGGUGCUGUUCAUUUUUGUGCUAAUUAUCAGAUUUUUUAUUUUAUUUUAUUUUAAUUUAAUCAAGAUCUAUUUCAGUGAUUCCUGUAAGAGAAUCUCCAGUACUUGUUUCAAAAGGAUCAGUGUCCACCUGAGCAUUUCUGCUUCACCUCAUGGUGUUUUUUCUUUGUAAUGAAAAUGAAUGCUGUUGACCAUUUUUGGUGGCGGGAUAUAACUGAUCUUAUAUUAAUGAUGCCUUUCCUUCUCAUUUAUGUUGUUCUUUUUGGAGAUAAAUCUGCUCUUUUCUCUUUGAUUAGAAAUGAUGUUGAGCAUGUUAAUUGUAUGAACUGUAACUCUUCAAGUGUUCUACUUGUAAUCAGUGAAAGGAAGAUAAGGAUUAUUUUUAAAAAAUCCAAAACAUUUGCAAAAUAUGCAUCACAGAGCUAAUGUCUGAACUCCCUUUGCUCAGACGAGGGGAAGCGACGUCGACAAUUUGUGACAGUUUAAAGAUUAUUUUUAAAGGAAAAAUGAAACUUUUAUUUAAUACGAGUCCUAAUGCUUUGUGUGGAGUACAAGCUGAUCAGGCUUGAAGAGUUAAGAUGUAAAUAUAUAUGAAUUUUUGGUAGCUAAAUUUAUUUUACUUGACUCCUGUAUUUUUUAUACCACACCUUUUUUCCAUAAAUACAUAUUUUUGUUCCUGCUUUGGAUUUAUUUUACUUUUAUCUUUCUUUUCAAUGUCUUUGUAAAAGCUUUAAAGUUAUGCACUCUUUGUCUUUUUUAUAUACUGGAAAAAAUCAGUUUCAGUCAAAUUCAUAAAAGCUAAUCAGUAUUACUUAAAUAUGUCAUGCCUGUAAUUCGAGUUUUCCAAUUCUCUUCUGGUCUGUAUUUUAUUUUAUUACUUUUGUUCUUUGUAUCUUACGCCCUUUUUGGAUCAGAGCUGGACUGAAAUUGUGUGAAAUAAUGCUGUUUCUUGUAACUUGGUACUUUUCUUCCCAUUCUCCUUUUUGUUUUUGUUCUAUUCUUUUUUUGUUUAAAAUAAGUCUAUUGCUGUUUUAUUCCAGUCUCUACUACCUCAGGUGUCCUAUAGAGUUUUCCUCUACCAAAGUUCACUUUCUCAAUAUAUAUAUAUAAUUAUAUAUAUAAAUAUAUAUUCUUUUUUGACUGUUAUUUGUUUUUCCUUUCUUUUUCAAAGACUUCCAGGGCUUAAGGGCUAACUUAUAUUAGCACCUUUUUAUUGUGCAAAUAAACUCAUGAAAUCUCUGGGUUAAGAAAAAUGAAAAAUUGGCUUAAGCUGUAUCCUUUAAUCUUAAGUAUAUUGAGAUGUUUUAAUUAUUAAAGUUUUUACCCCAUUUGAAGCAUUUUAUAACAAAUUUGACUUAUUUUGGUGUUCGUCUUUAGUAAAUAAAAAAUGGGAAAAUGG